AUGAAUCGCGUGGUUUUACGGCCCUGGUGCCGCCCAGAGGUUUUCCGUUCAGUAUAUACUCCUGGCGCCUCUAUACCACGCCGGGCUUUUCCUGCGCAAUCGAUCUACAAUGCCAAUGGCCGGCAUUUUGCCUCGGUGUCGCGUUGGCACAAUAAACAGUCCCCUGAAACCCCUCCUGCGUCCACUCCUGAACUGAGUGAAGCCAGCAACGCGGCAUUGGAAAACGAGACAACCAGUUCGUCCCCGCAUGUCCCGUGGUAUCUGCAGGAAGCAUCACCGGUCUCCGAGUCGCAGAUUUCGUCUCGAGACCAACUCCCGGAUCUCCCAGAGCAAUCCCCGGAAAUCCUCCCCGUCCUCCUGGAAUACGUCUUCAAGGAUCUUGGAUUGGAUAAUUUGAACCUGAUAGACCUGCGCCCUUUGGAGACCCCUCCCCCCCUCGGUGCCAAUGUCAUUAUGAUUAUCGGAACCGCCCGUAGCGUGAAGCAUUUGAACGUCUCGGCGGAUCGCCUUUGCCGGUGGCUGAGAAGCAAGUGGAAGCUAUCCCCAUACGCGGACGGACUGCUGGGUCGAAACGAACUCAAGAUCAAGCUACGACGGAAGGCCCGUCGAGCCCGCAUUGCAAGCCAAUCGGGGACCAUGGUCGACGAGAAGGACGACGGCAUCACCACGGGAUGGAUCUGCGUCAACGCCGGCGUCGUGGAGAAGAGCGCCGCCCCGGAACCAGGAGCCCAGAACUUCGAAGGAUUCGGCACCGUCGUGGGAGGCACACGCGUCGUGGUCCAGAUGUUCACCGAGGAGAAGAGAGCCGAAGUCGAUCUGGAAGGCCUGUGGCAGAAGACCUUGGACCGAGCCGAGCGAGAGAAGAAGAAAUACGCCGAGGCCAACCCCUCCUCUCCUCCUAAAGAGGUUCGUUCUUCCUCAUCGACAAACCCAUCACCGUCAUCAUCAUCAUCACAUUCUGACCUCGAUUUUGGACAUCCCACCAGGACCCCGGUAACGCCCCCGUUCGGACAGAGAAGACAGAUCCACAGCGGCCGUCCGCGGAUCCCAUGCCAGGCCAUGCAGGGCACCGCUAACACACCCAUUCUUUCACCUUUUCGGUCGUCCGUCCGCGGGUAUUCCAGUUCUCAGGAGAGCGAUCUUGUAAACGCUUUGCUUCAAUAUCUAUCAGGCUUGUCGGACGAGCAAGUCCAGAAAGACCUGGGCACGGGUCCGGACGAUACUUCCUCUACACCUUUCUUGCAAUUGUUUCAUGGUAAUAUCUCUCGGUUCUUCGAGCACGAAAAAGAAUUUGCCAAAUUAAAGCUGUACUGCACCGCAAUUUACCGACAUCACCCGGGAUACAGCAAGCUGGGCCUGGCCAAGACCUUUGAGUACCAUGCCGCCCUGGGCCGUGUCAUCCCCGACGACCUCAGUUUUGAGAUUGUGUCGGCCCUGCUAGCCGGUCAGCCCACGGAUGAGCCUGCCGAAGGAGGAGGAGUCAAGAUGACGUUACCACGCGAGGAUAUCGAAGUGGCCUUGGAUGUGCUAGAACACCUGAGCACGCAAGGCACCAACCUAAUGAACCUUAAGAUGUUCAACAUCAUCUACAAAGCCGCCAUGAUUAUCCCCGACCAGGUCCAGCCGCAGACGAAAACUGAAAAAGAGGCGGAAGCAGAAGAACCCACCUCUAGGCUUUCUGACCAAGACAAAAUCACGAGUUCCGCUCUAUACCGCGUCUCCCGCAUGAUCGACGCCUUUGAAUUCCCUUUCGAUGCCACGGAAACCCGCCUGCACAUGGCUCUCCGCUUCCAAGCACAAGACUACGACGGCUUCUGGAAGAUCUGGCGUCAGCUCCCGAUCCAUGAUCAGUCGCGCACUCAAAAAGACUACGAGAUGAUGUUCGAGGCGCACGCGCGCCUCGGGGACCCGGUCCUCGCAGAAUCAUGUCUAACCGAGUGGUUCCCAAUGAUGAGUCGAGAGAAGUAUCCUAUUCAGCUGGAAGGGCAGCUUCGGGAAUCUGUCUUGGAGUGCAUCCUCCUGGCGGACCCGGAUGUUAAAAAGAAUUCUAUGAACCAGCUCAAUAGGCCCAUGGUGCGCAUUUGGAAUGAGUGCCAUCAAAGACGUGAGGCUCAGCAAGAAUUUUUCUACUGA